AUAGGUUUUCUUUUCUUUUUCUUUUUGAUGUCAAGAUUUGGCGUUAAUCUCUGCUUGUGUGUCGGGUUUUUUUGUUAUUGUUUUUGUUUGUCGAUGUCAAAUUUCGGUGUUAAUACAGGAAUCUAUUGUUGCCUAUUAAGUCUGAAUCUAUUGAAUUAAUCAUCUAGUUUUGGUUUGUUCUUUCCUGUGGAACUGUGAGUGUAAUUAUUAGGGGAAUUGUUGUUCAUACUUCGUUUAUGAUUUUUUCUGUGUAAUUUUUAUAGCUUCUGUUUUGGAAAAAGGUUAAAGCGGUGUCUGGUUCUAGAGAUUUUGUUGUUUCUUUUUAUGAAAAAUAUCUGAUAGCCCGUGAAACCUUUUCCUAAUUUGAAACAACAUUGAUGCCUGUUCUCCUCUUUAUAUGGCUUCCAAGUUUGGCUUUUCUGAUUCAGAUCACCUUUUGCAGGAUAGCUUUGGUCAAUUUAUCAUUUUUUCUGUUUAGCCAUUGUUCUCUCAUGAGUCGUGACCAUUGAAUGAAUUGAGCUGAUUAAAUGAUCGCAUUGUUGUUGGUUUGGCUCCAGAAGGAUCCCAUUUUGAAUUCCACCAAUAUGAUGCUGAAAUGAAAUAGAAGUAAUUCCGGAAGCUACUUGUUCCCGGGAAAUUGACGUGUUAAGUUCUCUUCAGCGAGCUGAAGCUCUUGGAGUUGACAACUGUGUGUGCAUUUAAAAAUCUGAGGGUUGUUUUCUUGUUUAUUUGAAUUAUACACACUCUGAGCUUGUUAACAGAAUUAAUGGCGGGAGAUUCUAAAUAUUUUGAAGAAACCCAUUAUGCAGUACCAGAAGCGAAUUCUCAGUCUCCAGUGAAGAAAAAGAAGAGUGAAAAGAAGAAGAAACGAGUUCCACCUGUGAAUACAAAAAUCCAAGUCCUCAGCAACCAUCCUGAGAAAAUUCCACCACUAGUUGGUUAUUUCCCCUCUGGAUAUGAUCCUAACAAGGAUCCCAAUGAGGAAGCGGUCGAGGAACAAAAUUCUGUAAGGGCUAAGGUUUAUAGGCACAAGAAAAAACCAAAUAGGAUGCAGCUGAUUGUUAGUCCAACAGGGUCGAAUGUGGAUUUUGUUGGUACCAAUUACUUGGGUGAGGCUACUGCUGGAAAACAACAUUGCUCCUAUGCUCUCGGUGUUCUCGAUAAGGCAACCCAAAGCUUAAAGAUUGUGCCUAUUGCAUCAAAUAUGAUAUUUAGAUUGGAUCCUAAAGUUAGUGGUUCAGAUGUUCCUGAAAAUGAAUCCCCAAGUGUAGCGAACGACGAGCUCUCUGUGCAGGAGAAAGCUGAUAGAAUGAGAGAGCUCAGCAAUCUCUAUGGGACGAAGAAGUCAAUAAAACAGGCAAAGAAGCUGCUUUCUUUGAAGCAAGAAGAUGAUCCUGAGACCAAGAAGGAUCUAGAUGGGAAAAUGAAAAACGUCGUCGUAAACAAAGAGGCGUUGGAAAGUUCGAAUGCACAAAUUUCUCGUAAUAUACCGACAUAUAAUGCUUCUGCAACUACUCCACAAGAAGCUUACCCCCUCGACAAGAUUAUCCUCAAGGGAGAAUGGGGUUUCCUGGAAGAUCUUUAUUUCCUUUUGCAAGCAGAAUCUGAAAUAAGUGCUAAUUAUCCAUCCUUUGUCCGCAACAGAAUUUAUAAAUUGCAAGACAUUCAGGAUGAGGAAGAGAAAAAGAAGCUCUGCUGCAUAUAUUCAUACAUCACUCAUCUAAUAAAGUAUAAAGAUCAGCAUUCUAUGGAUGGCGUUUCUUCUGUUGAGGGCCAUAAAAUUCCUAGCAUGCUACGACAAAAGUUCUCAUCCAUGUUUUCAACAACGGAGUCGAGAAGACUUUCUGCAGAGAAAACCGAUCUUCUCAUUAGCCACGUUUUGGUGCUCACAUUAUUCGCCGAUGAAUUCAGCAGCGAUCCAUCAGACAUAGCAAGGGAUCUGAGAACUAGUCCUUUCACUCUAAGAGUUCAUUAUGACAAUCUGGGUUGCAAGUUUAUACGCAAGAACAACUUGUCAUGGGUUACGCUUCCUGUUCCGCUUCAAUUUCCCGAGUUGAGGCAAAAGAGACGACGAUAAGCAAGAUGGUUAGAUUGUAGUAGUUACACUGUUGCUGUAAUUUAAAGUAGUUGAAUUCUGUACAGGAAAAGGUCGAGCAGUUUUGUUGAGUAAAACGGGUAAAUGGUCAUAUUGAUAAUCUUCAUAUGUUCUUUCUUUCACAUUGUAAAUGGCAACAUCUUUCCAUGAAACAGCUCUGUGGCAUAGAAUGGCGUUUUCUUAUUUGGAAAUUGGAACUGUGGAUGGUGAAGCUUAAUGAGACGAUGAGGUUUCGUUUCUUCUUCCUACCCGGGAUUUAGUUUUUGACUUUCGAUCGAGAUUAUGAUUAUGUCUUGUAUUUUUUAGAGAUUUGAAUCAUUCAAUUUCUUGGUUGAGAGUCUGUGUUUUAGUCUUUGUUCUGUGAGUUGGUGUUCGAUUGAGUUUAACAAACUUAUUUUCAUUUCUCCUUAUGACAAUUUACUGUAUUUU